AUGGGAAACGACGACAACGGAAAAUCUGCCAAAUCUGAGAAAUCAUCUUCACCUCUGACAGCGGAUCAGACAAAUCAUAGUAAUCAGACCAAUAUUCAUGUCUAUCCUGAUUGGGCGGCCAUGCAGGCAUAUUAUGGUCCCAGAGUUGCUCUUCCUCCAUAUUACAACUCAGCUGUGGCUUCUGGCCACGCACCUCAUCCCUAUAUGUGGGGCCCACCACAGCCUAUGAUGCCACCCUAUGGGACACCUUAUGCAGCAAUGUAUUCACAUGGUUAUGCACAUCCGGCAGUUCCUCUUGGAUCACAUGGCCAAGCGGUUCCAUCAUCACCUUCUGCUGCAACUCCUUUGAAUAUGGAAACACCUACAAAGUCAUCUGGUACUACAGACCGAGGGUUAAUGAAAAAGUUAAAAAGAUUUGAUGCGCUUGCAAUGUCAAUAGGCAAUAGCAAUGUUGGGGAUGCUGAGGGUGGAGCUGAACAUAGUGUCUCCCAGAGUUUGGGGACAGAAGGUUCUAGCGAGGGAAGUGAUGGGAAUACCGCUGGGGAAAAUCAAACCAGAAGAAAAAGAAGUCGUGAGAGAACACCAGCCACUGCUGGAGAUGGGAAGACUGACAUGCAGCCCAGUCCAGUUUCUGCUAAGGAGGUAAAUGCAGCUUGUGAUAAAGUGUUGGGUGCAACUGUUGCUGCUCCUAGUGUCCCGGGAAAAUUGGUUGGACCAGUAGUUUCUCCUGGUAUGACCAUGGCGUUGGAAUUCAAGAACUCACCUAACUUGAACUCAAAGUCGAGCUCUACUAGUGUUCCACAAUCCUGUGCAGUUUUGCCUCCAGAAGCCUGGAUGCAUAACGAACGGGAGCUAAAAAGGGAGAGGAGGAAACAGUCUAAUCGGGAAUCUGCUAGAAGGUCCAGGUUGAGGAAGCAGGCUGAGACUGAGGAACUUGCACGAAAGGUUGACGCCUUAUCUGCGGAGAAUGUGGCACUUAAAUCUGAAAUAAGUCGAUUGACUGAGAAUUCUAGCACACUGAAGCUAGAAAAUGCUACAUUAAUGGAUAAACUGACAAAUACACGCGUAGGACGAAUGGAAGAGAUUAUGAUGAACAUUGAUGAUAAGAGGGUCCAACCAUUUAGUACUGAGAACCUACUGUCGAGAGUUAAUAACUCGGGUUCCAUUGCUAGGGAUGCUGAGAAAGAGGGUGACAUGUAUGAGAAAAACUCGGGGGCUAAGCUGCAUCAACUCCUGGAUGCGAGUCCCAGGGCUGAUGCAGUUGCUGCUGGCUGA